CCCUCUCCCAGCGGCGGCGGCGGCGACGAUGCAGGCGGAGUCGGGGAUCGUGCCGGACUUCGAGGUGGGCGAGGAGUUCCACGAGGAGCCCAAGACCUACUACGAGCUGAAGAGCCAGCCCCUCAAGAGCAGCUUGAGGCCUGCAUAAGCCCUGGUCAUCGGUGUCUUUGGGCUUCACCUGAAAAUGCACGUUUCAAAGAGGAUGUAGGAACGUCCAAGUGCAAGAGGAUGGAAGUACGGCAGGUGGCUGGAGAUCAAUCCUGCCGUCAGUAUUUCAUAGGGACGUUUCAGCUGAGGGAAGCAGCCGCAUUUGAGACGAUGUGGCAGUUCCCAUUUCUUGGAAGAACUGGAUUCAUCCUUCUUAAACGCUCCCCAAAAAAACGGUGGUCUAGUUUCACAGCAAUUCCGAGCAUCCUGGCGCUUCCAAGCCUCCCUUAAGCUCCUCCAGCAUGACCUCACGAAUCCUGCUACGCCAGCAGCUCAUGCGUGAGCAGAUGCAGGAGCAGGAGCGGCGGGAGCAGCAGCAGAAGCAGCAGGCAGCCCAGUUCAUGCAGCAGCGAGUGCCCGUCAGCCAGACACCUGCCAUCAACGUCAGCGUCCCCACCAGCCUGCCCCCCGCCACCCAGGUACCCAUGGAGGUCCUCAAGGUGCAGACUCACCUUGAGAAUCCAACCAAGUACCAUAUUCAGCAAGCCCAGCGGCAGCAGGUAAAGCAGUACCUCUCUACCACCCUAGCAAACAAACAUGCCAACCAGGCCCUGAGCUUGCCGUGCCCCAACCAGCCCGGUGAUCAUGUCAUGCCGCCUGGAACUGGAAGCAGCGCACCCAACAGCCCCAUGGCUAUGCUCACCCUCAACUCCAACUGUGAAAAAGAGGGAUUUUAUAAAUUUGAAGAGCAAAGCAGGGUUGAGAGUGAGUGCCCGGCUCUGAAUACACACUCACGAGCAUCAUGCAUGCAGAUGGAUGAUGUGAUUGAUGACAUAAUAAGUCUGGAAUCCAGUUACAAUGAAGAAAUCCUUGGCUUGAUGGAUCCAGCCCUGCAAAUGGCAAAUACGUUGCCUGUGUCUGGCAAUUUGAUUGAUCUUUAUGGCAACCAAAGCAUGCCUCCUCCGGGACUAAACAUCAGCAACUCAUGUCCAGCUAAUCUUCCUAAUAUAAAAAGGGAGCUCACAGCAUGUAUUUUUCCUACAGAGUCAGAAGCGAGAGCGUUGGCUAAGGAGAGGCAAAAGAAGGACAAUCACAACUUGAUUGAACGAAGAAGAAGAUUUAAUAUUAAUGACCGUAUAAAAGAACUAGGCACUUUGAUACCCAAGUCAAAUGACCCGGAUAUGCGCUGGAAUAAGGGAACUAUUCUGAAGGCAUCAGUGGACUAUAUCCGUAAGCUGCAGAGAGAACAGCAACGCACCAAGGAGCUUGAGAACAGGCAGAAGAAGUUGGAACACGCCAACAGGCACCUGCUGCUCAGAAUACAGGAGCUUGAGAUGCAAGCUCGGGCACACGGACUGUCCCUUGUUCCCUCUACGGGCCUUUGCUCCCCUGAUAUGGUCAACAGGGUCAUCAAACAAGAGCCCGUGCUGGACAACUGCAACCAAGACAUGAUGGCGCACCACACAGACCUGUCUUGCACUACCACCCUGGACCUCACUGACGGUACCAUCGCCUUCAGCGACAACCUCGGAAACGUGACUGAACCCACCGGCACUUACAGUGUUCCUGCAAAAAUGGGAUCCAAACUGGAAGAUAUCUUGAUGGACGAUACCCUCUCCCCCGUGGGAGUAACUGACCCCCUUCUUUCCUCUGUGUCCCCUGGAGCCUCCAAGACGAGUAGCAGGAGGAGCAGCGUGAGCAUGGAGGACACCGAUCACGCUUGUUAGCGUACACCCGGCACACCUUUCAUAAACUGCUUUGUUUCAUUGAUCAGUAGAUAAAAUAAUUUACCUUUUGUAGAAUUUUUUUUGAUUUAUUUUUUUUUUUCCCCUUGUGCUUCAUCAGUAGCCCAGUGUGUGUGCGUGUGUGUAUAUAUUAUAUAUAUAGGACUUUUUUUUUUUUUAGAAUUUUUGUGAAGAAACUUGUAUAUUCUAUUUUAAAACUACCAAUGCCUCCAAAAUAUUGUACAGCAUAUGUACAGUAUCUGUGAACUGGAUUCGCCAAGAACUUUGAACUGGUCAAAUCUACUCAAAGCAAUAGAAUUACAAAUGAAGAGUCUGUUUCUACUGGGGGGAGGGUGGGGGGGAAUCGCAGAAUUGUAAAUGCAACCUAUUUACUUGGAAACAAAAUGUAAAGUUAAAGAAUGUAAAGAAACAACGACAACAAGUCCAAUUUGUAAUUGUAUUAAUUGAAUAGUGCUGCCUUAAAGAUACAGUGUCCCUCAAACCUUGGUCUUUACAAGCUUUUAGGGAAAAAUUCCCGCCCUACUCCACCCAGAACACAAACCACAAAGGAAAAGUGUUAAGACACCCUGAUUGUGUUGAUUGGGAUAUAAAAUGCUGUUGCUGAAAACUGCAGGGAGAUGAGAGUCUCUUCUCUCAGAGUGCCCUUUAGUUUUACUCUGAGCUGAUUUGGGGUUUUCCGUUUGAUCAUGGUUCGAGUUUUUUCUCUUAGAUUUUUAUUUUGUUUUUUGUAACGCGCGGUGAUGGCUUUGCCAGCAGUAGGAGCAUUGUAAGUUGGUAUUCACUCUUUGGACAAAAAAAAAAAAAUCAAUAUAUUUUAUCAGCUGGGCACAUUAUGUUGUACAUAUCUAAUUGGCUUCCUUUUUUUUUUUUUAAAUUGCAUUGUACAGUACAUUUUGAUUUGCAUGGAUUCCUUAGUUAUCCUCAACUUUUUGUUUUAAAUAUAUUUGUAUUUCAUUUGUAAGAUUUUUGCCUCUUAAUAUUGCAACAAUUUUUUGACAUUUUUAAAACUCAUUGGAAGUUUUCCGCGUUCUUUGUAAACACUUGAAAGGAAGCUUUUAUGCAGGGUUCUGUGUUUUAAGAGAGAUUUUGAGAAUAUUUUGUAUAUUACAGUCUCACUUUGAAAAUGUUUUUAAACACAUUUAAGGUAGAGUACAAAUUUAGAUUAGGUAAUAAAACAACUCUGUAGAGAAACUGAACUUAUAUAUUUAUUUUUAGUGAUACAGAAAAAAGUAGUAACAUGCUUGGAAACAUAACUAUGUAGUUAAAUAUACCCGUUAUAGUAAUUUGUGUUUUAUUUCAGCACUGGGGCUGACUUAAGGAAAAAAAAAAAAGAAAAAAAAGAGUAAAUUACUGUAUCUGCAAAUAACUGUUACUUGAUAACAAGGUUAUUAAUUUUUAACAUGCAACAAUGUUGUAAAAGUAGUCGGGUGCAUUAUCUACUCAAGUGUAGUCCUAUGCAAUAACAGUAGUUCUACUUGUAUUAUUAUCAAGCCUAGGUGUUUCCCAGAGGCCACGUCUGGUGGUUGGAGCUGGAGAGGGACGGGAUGGAUGUCUCGGUGGCAGCCUACAGCUCGUUCAGAAUGAAGUGCCUUAAACUCUAGUUGUAGUCUUCCUCGACUAGCACUGACUGAAGUGUGGCAGAGGAGAGGAAAGAGCUUCGGGGUGAUGCUUGGUAGGACGGUGGAGUGUAGCGCGGUGCCUGUGUGUAGAAAAACAAGAGCUUCCCCUUCUCCUUUGUGCUACACUGGAAAAUGACGUAGGAGAAGCACGACGGUUGGUGACUGGAGUGCCAGUUUGGUGGGCUUUAUGAGGAAACCUUGGUCACUGCAGUUGGUGUUCAGAAAUCAAAUGUGAAUUGGGUGGUGGUGAUGGGAGAGCUGAGGACAAUGUGGGGAGCUCCCGUAGCCUGUGGCUUUCACCCCAGUGUUUCCCCACGGAAGGGGUCUUGAAGCACCCCUUGCCUGGCACCGCUGGUGGUGUGGGGCUCGGUGGGGAUGUAGCUUUCCAUCACAGUACUUUGGGGGCUGUGUUUGUGUCACUCUUUUUCUGUGGCUGUUGCUGGCUGCGUCUGGCCGUCUCCCUUUCCGCUUGAGCAGCGAGCUCUGUGUUAGCAUCCAUGCAACCACCGGCUUGUAAGCUGGUUUUUUUAUUAUUAUUAUUAUUUUUAUUUUUCAUUUUUUUGAAGGAGGAGCUGGAGCUAGAUUCUAAUGAUGCCUGUCCCCCCCCAGCACACCCCAGACAGCUGUUGGGAAUGUGUCUUUCCGAGGGUGGUGAAGCUCUGGCCUGGGGCAGGACCCAGGAGCCUGCAGGAUGCUCUGCAGCCGUGGUGGUCCUUGGGCAGGGAUGUUCCCUGCAGGGCAGCGUGUGCCAUAGGGAGCUCCGAGCAGAGGAGGUGGGUAUGGGAUCCUGGUGCUGCCGUUUGGUCUAAUAGAUAAAGAAAAUCAGGGCUGUAAAAUGCUUGUAGCUGUAACACGGGGCUGUGUUACCCUUCCCCGUGAAAAUGGGACAGCAUUGUGCAAAAUCAGGGUGCGCACGCUUGAGUGUAGUAACUGAAAACCACUGAAUAUAUUGAAUAAAGCUUUUUGGUUUGAUUGCCCACGCUGGGCAGCCAGAGAUUGAAGUCUAGACUGUGGUAUAUAAAUAUUUUUUUCAAGCUUACGUGAAACACUGGUACUCGCUGAGAGCCGUGACUUCUGAUUUUUUUGGCUACAUGCUGUGUGGAGAUGAAUUAGUUGUAUCAAGAGCUGGAUUUCUUGAUAAAAGUGGCUGGGAUGCGUGUUCCCCGUCUGUUGUGUGGCUGUGGGGGUAACACACGCCUCGGCUGUGCCUGGUUCAUUCCUCACCCCCUGUUCCCUUUGGCGACAGCCCUCCUCUGAGGUUGCCCACCCUGUGGGGACAGGCACGUUGAUGCUGCCGUGGGGACACCUCCAGGAGACAGGGACCUCCAGGUGGGUGCGGGCUGGAGAUGUGUUUGCCUUGUUUGCCCAUCGUGGAACGUGAGGCUGUGACGUUUUACAGGGGAUCGAUGACAGAGACAGCGAUUAGAGGCAGGGUUUGGCAGGAACUAGGUGGAGUGGGAUGGACAGAAGUGGUUGCCCGGUCUGAUGGUGUCCAGGGUGACACUGGGCUGGUGGUGGCUUCCCCGAGCGGGUGGACGGGAUACCUACCAGUUCUCACUUUGCCAAAGCCAUGCGACAAGCAGGAACGUGCAGAGUACCGUGAAGUUCUUCCUUACUGCUUUUGGCCUAUAAAGCAAUAUUUAACUCUUGCAACCUGUAAAAGCAAAAAGAAGGUACCUAAGGAAAGCACAAAGCACAAAAUAAUGCACUUAACAUUUAUGUUGUUUGACAUAAAAUGCACUGGGGGGGAAGCUGAUGUUGAUAAUAGUAUAAAUACCUAUAUUUCUUGAAAAAGUGACAUUAAUUACUGCCUCUUGCUAUGAUGCUUGGUACUGUAAUGUUGAUAUUCAUCUGCUGUUGACUGCAGCAAUAAUUUGUGUAUGGUCCAUAGCACUGUAAAUUAUGGAUCAAUAUUAAUGUAUCCAGUGAAAUAAUUUGAACUGUUGUUCUUGAUAGAUGGAUUAAAGCAUUUGGUUUUUCACAUA